UACACGCCCCGCCCCUCUGUAUUACGCAUGCGCAAUGCAGCACUCCUCCUACAGCAGUAGUAGUUGAGUUGUAAAAGACGGUGAUAAUGGCGGUGAUUAUUAUAGUGAUUAUUACGGCGGGAACUGUGAUCUGGGCUCGCGCCGCGCCUGACCCGGUCCGCGUGCUCUGCACGGAGCGCGCGAUGGUGGUGUCGCUGAGCGGGCGCGCGCUCCGGUUCGGGUCAGUGAGGUUCGGUACCUGCGGGUCGGUUGUGGAGCGCGAGACCGAGACCGAGCUCGUGCUGCAGGCGGAGCUUCACGAGUGCGGAUCAACACUGCGGGUGGAAGGUGAUAGUUUGGUGUACGAGAACAUUCUGUUCUUCGUGCCGGAUGAGAACCCGUAUGGCAUCGUUAGAUCUAGAGGAGCCAGUGUUCCGGUCCAGUGCCGAUACCCGAGGAUUCACUUCGUCAGCACUAAAGAUAUGAAGAAUCCAAGGGGUCAGCUGACCACCUCUGAUCAGAGCUCCGCCCCCCCGCGGUUCUCCCUCCAGCUGAUGAACGGUGAUUGGUGGUCUGAGAGGUCCUCCUCCAUGUACCGACAGGGUGAAGUUAUAAACCUGAAGGCGUCGGUUGCCAGAACUGAACGCACUCCGGCUAAACUUUACGUGGACACCUGUGUGUUCACACUGCAACCGGACGUUGGCCACACCCCCCGAUACCCCCUCAUACACAACCACGGGUGCUCUGCUAACCCCAGAUCACUCCUCCCCACCGCUCACUUCCUGCCCCGGAGUGAAGAUCACUCGCUGAGGCUGCAGAUGGAAACCCACCGAUUCAGCCGUAACGAGCAGAUCACGGUCUAUAUAAGGUGUGUUCUGAAGGUGACAGCUGAAGAAGAGAGUUCAGUGAAUAAAGCCUGCAGCUUCACUGGAGAACGGUGGAGCAGUGUGGAUGGUCAGUACUCGGUGUGUGAUUGCUGUGACUCUGUGUGUGAAGAGGAUCAUCAGUAUCGGGAACAGAGCCGAGAGUUUAAAGGUAGCGCUGCUGCAGACUCCGGCAGGGCUGCUGUGGUCUCCCUCGGUCCGGUAGUGAUUCUACCCUAACCAAUAAAAACUACGCUGAUUAAAAUCUGA